GCAAAUCGAAAUAGGCUCUAUGUCUAUUCUCCUCUUAUAAAAUAAAGCUCAUCCAAUUUUCUCUCUCCAUUGUCCCAAAGUAAUUCAAAGCUCUCUCUUAAACAAAUUCCUCUAUUUUUGUGCCUCUCUUUUUUGCCCAAAUCAAAAUAAGAAAUUAUUUCUUACCAAUACUUUUCUUCUUAAUUCCACCAUGUCUGCCUUUGGAAAAUUUGUUGUAAUUAUGGCUGUUGUUAUGUUAGCCAUUAGUUUAGAUAAAGCUUGUGCUGGAGAUCCAGAUAUGCUUCAAGAUGUUUGUGUUGCUGAUCUUACCAACAGCUUAACCGUAAAUGGUUAUUUUUGUAAGAAGAACUUUUCAGAAAUAGACUUUUCAUCAAUGGCCAUAGCAAAGGUAGGAGCAACAAACAAUACAUUUGGUUCUGUAGUGACAGGUGCAAAUGUCAUGAAAGUCCCUGGUCUUAACACACUUGGUGUGUCGAUGGCUCGUAUUGACUAUGCCCCUGGUGGAAUUAACCCACCUCACACUCAUCCUCGUGCCACUGAAAUGAUUUUUGUAUUAGAGGGUGAAUUAGACGUUGGCUUUAUUACAACAUCUAAUGUUUUGAUUACAAAACAUAUUGUAAAAGGUGAAGUGUUUGCUUUCCCUAGAGGACUAGUACAUUUCCAGCAGAACAAUGGGGAUGUUCCGGCAGCCGUCGUCGCGGGGUUCAACAGCCAGUUACCGGGAACUCAAUCGAUUGCUACAACGUUGUUCGCUUCAUCACCAACUGUUCCUGAUAGUGUCUUGACUAAAACAUUCCAAGUUGGUACUAAGCAAAUUCAGAAAAUUAAGUCAAGGCUUGCACCUAAGAAAUAAAUAUUGUUUCGUUAAUUAAUUGUUCUUUGUAACAAUAAUUUACUUUGGUGAGUUUGUUAAUUGUCAAAGAUUUGUGUG